AUGAGGUGGAUACUGGGGUUUAUUUGGAGCUGGCUGUGGUCAAUUGACCAAAGCGGCCGGGCAUUUCCCUCGAGAGAGUGGCUGCUGGAGAGAACGCUCGCGAACUUCGAUCUGCCAGACGGCCUCCCGGGGCUGUCGGUUGCUAGUCCGUCAACUACCCGGCCGAACUAUUAUUACCACUGGAUAAGAGACGGCGCAUUGGCUAUUGGAACACUUGUGGGUCAACUUGAGCGGCACGAUGACCAGUACUCUGACCGGAUCAGAGCGCUUGUGGAAAGCUAUAUCUCGUCGAGCCGCCAGCUGCAAAUAGUGCCCACUCUGUCUGGUACUCUGGGUGAGCCCAAGUUUUACAUCGACGGGGCGCCCUUCAACGAACCGUGGGGUCGUCCCCAGAACGACGGUCCGGCAUUGAGAGUGAUGGCGCUGGCCAAGUACGCUCAGUCUCUCUCAGUCGCCCGGAAUCAUCGCUUGUUCCAGCAAGUGAUCAGGGCUGAUUUGGAUUUCAUUUUGAGCUCUUGGCAGGACCAGUGCUUUGACGUGUGGGAGGAGGUUUACGGAGUGCACUUUUUUACGGUUUUGUCUCAGUACGGUGCCGUCAAAGCUGGGGCAGCGUUGGCAAAACAGGCGGGACUUGGUUCUUACGUCCAAGCCUAUAAAGCGACACUCCGCAAGAUGGAAAGGUACAUAAACACGAAAUUUUUGGCCCAUGAACUGAUUUUUGAGCAUUCUCCUAUUUAUUUGGCGGGGCGUUGCGGCAUUGACUCCGCAUCGGUGUUGGCGGUCAAGACGUUGACGAGUCUGGCGGGGUGGACCGAACCCAUCAAUGGCCCGCUUCUUGUCAACAUGACAGACGUGCGGCUACAUAACACUAUCGAGUUCCUCAAUGCCGAUUUUCAACUGCGCUACCCCAUUAAUUACGAGAGCCCCGGGGGGGUUGGUCGCUAUCCUGAAGACGCCUACGAUGGGUACACGGUCAGCUUGGGGAAUCCGUGGUUUUUGACAACAGCAGCCGUGGCAGAGACACUAAUUGCCAACGGACUGAUUGAUGAGGCGCAUGCACAUGUGAAGUUCAUCGCAGCCCAUCGUGGUGAAGACUCGCUAAGCGAACAGAUUAAUCGGUAUACAGGGUACAUGCAGGGUGCGUCUUCGCUUACUUGGAGCUAUACUCAGGUACUUGAACUACUGGAGACGAUCAACGAUCUCAAUCUAGAUGGUCGACAUCCAAUCCAACUCGACGAGCCGACAUACGAACCCUCUCCUGUCUGGACUUGGGCCCGGUUUGGUAUCGUUUGA